GGCGAGACGAUCUUUGUGGGCUCUCUGACGUAAGUUGGAUGACGUUCCAAAGAUUUCACGUGCAAAGACGUGUUACUGUUAGUAAGUUUCUUCAUACUUGUGCGCAGAGUUGUGUGACGAAGAACGCUUAGCUGCAGUACAUGGUCAUGGACAUAUCAGGAGAGGAGCGGAGAGAGCGAAAACGUAGAGAAAGAGCUUCACGGGGAAACGUUUCCAUGGUUUACAUGACGAGCGCAGGCCAACCAAUCAGCUACGUGCAACCAUUUAUUCAUCCCUCACAGCAGUCUGUGAUUCAGUCAGCACAGAGCUUACAGUCAUUGCAGGCUAAUACAGAGUUUCGAGGGAUAGCAGCUAAACGAGACCAGCCUGAAUGGGAAACAAAGAAACGGCGUGAAAUGUACACUCGGAGACCGUCAUAUCGAAAGAUUCUGAGCGAGCUUUCGUCUCCCGAUGGACAACAGCUAGCAAAGAUGAAGGAGAGUAGCAGCAGCCAGGAUUCGGAUUCGGCCAGUGAACAAGAUCCUGUUGGCAUGGCUUCGAUUCCCAGGUUGCCGUGUGGAGCUGCAGAGCCACAGGUGUCUUCGACGGGCAGAAACAUGGCACAGGGUUUGCAGACGUUCACAAUGUCCAACGCCAAUUCAGAAGGAGUGACCCCAGAUUCUAUUUUUAAAUAUGCACAGAGCUCAGAUGAUGGUCACGUGUUGCAAAUGCCAGGCCUGAAAGGUAUGUCCAUGCACUCUCCAGUGCAGCUGAUUCAAGGUGCUGAUGGGCAGUUGAUUCCAGUGACAGCAUGUGAGCAGAGCUACUCACAGCAGGACACAGCUGACGAGAUGGAACAGGCAACUAGCACACACAGACGAGGUCACGCACAGGUUGGCAAGCGAGAACACAGACUCAUGAAGAACAGGGAGGCAGCAAGGGAGUGUCGACGCAAGAAGAAGGAGUAUGUCAAGUGUCUAGAAAACAGAGUGGCUGUGCUGGAAAGUCAAAACAAGCAGCUUAUUGAAGAGCUAAAGUCACUGAAAAAGCUCUACUGCCAGAAGUCAGACUAGAUGGAAGUUAGCAGCAACUGAGAAGUUAUAACUAAUAGCAUAGGAUCGGAGAGUUCACGUGAUUUGCUGUCAAGACACUCAUGUAAGUGAGAACAUGGGGUGUAGGAUAGAUGAAUUCACUUCCCUUAUAACGUGUACUAAUGAAUGGCUACAAAGGAUAUUUGCCUUACACCAAAAGUCGUGUAUUGUUGUUCUUGCAUUGAGAGAACAAUUUUAUUUAAUGAUAAAUCCAAGUUAAGUAACCUGUUAGCAACAGCUACAAUAACUGGUCUGUAUGUCAUCAUAUAUAUGAAUGUAGUUGCUUGGGUUUGUCACCAGGUGGCACGUGUUUUUUGACAAGUCAAAUGAAUUGGCAAAUUUCUUGUGUCUACAUCAAUCUUCUAAAUCCCAGGACCCACUCACUGGAUAAAAACGAACUAAAAAUUAAUAACUAACUGCUGCAUUCCGAACCUUUGGUACCUGUUGCUGUCUGGUGAUGCCCUAACCCAAGCAACUCCACUCUGCUUGACAAAGACAGGUAGACCGGUUAGUGAAACUGUCGCUAACAGGUUACAUACUUGGAUUUAUUAUAAAACACAUUAAUUAUAAUGAAAUCCGAUAAACUUAUUCUAAUAAUUUAGCUGUUGCAAAACAUGUGAGAAGUUGAUUGGUAGUGCUUGUACCAAGCAAGGCACUUUGGUAGUAAAGCUGUAUUGAUACCAGGGGUAGAAAUUAACUUUUGAACACGCCAAAAUUUUUGCGACAUUAGCUGGAAAAAUACGGUAAUUCCGUGAGGCCGUGCUCCGGAACGAACUAGUUGGUAUAGCAGAAUUGCCAGGGAGUCACACGGACUCCUGCAUAUGUCAAAUCAGGGAGUCCGACAGUAAAUCAGGGAGUAUUUGACUCCGGACUCCCAUUAAUUUCGCACCCUGGAUACUGAGAGAGAUGUCAGAGACACUUGAUAGAACGUUUAGUAAUCUCUGAUAGUAAGAUAAUUGGUAAUCUAUCGGUAAAGAUCGCCAUAUCUUAAAAACGUGAUAUGAAAACAUGAUUGUGUACGUGUUUCCUAGUAUGUGUACAUUGUUAGGUAUAUCUGCAUCUUGUCAUUAUUCGAAAUAGUAUUUAUACCCCGACAAAUACAGUUUUUGACUAAAUGCCGAGCUGCAACUGUGCAGACAUGGCUUACGUUUUGAAUGUACGUGUUAGCUUCAUUCACUUUUUUUCUAGAAAAUUAGUUUGACCUCAGUAAAUUGGCCUAUACAGAGAAAUUGUUAUCAUUUGGUAUUGUCGGAAUAAUUGAGAUUGCAAUUGUAUGACCACAUAUUAUAUAGUCAUGUAUAUAUGCUAAA